AUGGGAACGGUGGGGAUUCCGGUGAAGCUGCUCCACGAGGCCGUGGGGCACGUCAUUACGAUCGAGCUCAAGGGUGGCUCGAGCUACCGCGGUCGUCUGUUUGAUGCCGAGGACAACUUCAACAUUACCAUGAAAGAGAUCACCGUCACCGCUCGCGAUGGCAAGCAGACGCAUCUCGACAGUGUAUACAUCCGCGGAAACAUGAUCCGGUUUAUGGUGGUGCCGGACAUGCUCCAGCAGGCCCCCAUGUUUAAGCGCGUUGGCCCGAAUGCAAUGAAGGGACGCGGUAUCGGCAGCGCGCGCGGACGUGCGACGAUUAUGCGUGGUACGUAUCUUUUGCUGACGCAGCGCAAUCGCGGCGUGGACGCCCUGCGCCCCGGCCUCCGGCGAUCCGUCGGUGAGCGUAUGUAG